GGUGGCCAAUCACGUGGCUCUGUUUUUGUAGAGAUUUCCUCCAGCCACUGCCUCACAGACCUGUGACUGACAGAAAUGUGAAAGAAGGCGUUGCAGCCUAUUAAAACAGAGUGCGCAAAACCCAUGAAGAAUCAUUACAGGCUGUUUCUGAUCACUGAGUGUGUCCAGCAAAGGCUUUCCAAAACUACAAUUACAGGCACCAUGGAUCCAAAGCAAAUGUUCAAUUACGUGAAAUCUCCUCCAAUAACUAAUAUAGCAUGUCUCGUGAUCACAAAACUCCUAUUCUUGGCUCUUCCCAUUGCCCAGAUUGCCAUAGGUGCAGUGUAUCUCCAAGACUGUCCCCAGCAGAGUUAUAUCCCAGUGUAUGUGCUGGUCACUGGAGUGUUCAGUGUGUUUCUGGCCUUGUUGACAUGUCUGCCCUGUUCCAAAGAGCCAGAGGAGGGAGGCAACAGAGCUUUCGGCAUGGCCUGCAGCGUGUGGAAUGCUCUGGUUUCUACCUUCCUGUUCUGCUGGGUGAUCACUGGCAGUGUGUGGAUUUACUCUAUUUACCCUCCUAAUUACAACCAAACUGUGCCUGGAGUUCCCUACUGCGACAAGACCCUCUACUUGUUUGCAUUCUGGACCACCACCCUGGGCUACAUUCUGUUAGGUUUAGCACUGUUGUUGGGCUGCUGCUUUUGUGUCUGCACUUGCAUUUGUGGCUUGGCAAAAGGUUAAUUAAAUGUGUGGGCCAUUGUAAUGGAUAUUGACUGCAGAGCUCGUGUUGGUUGGUAAACUAAACUGAAUGUGAAUAUGUUUACAAUAAUUAUUUAACUGUUAAAAGUCAUUUGGAAGUACUUGGUAUCAUUUUGAUGAUUGAAAUGUAAGACAACUGAUGUUAUUAUAGUAUUUGUUUACAAUGAAUGUCAAUUUUAU